UUGUUCUCUGCUGGUCCAUAGCGGAGCCUGGCUGGUGGCUCUGUGUGCACACGGGGGUUUGGUCACUGACUGCAAUGGCAGGAGGCCGGACAGUUGCUCCUUUGUUCUGUUCUGGCCUCGAGCACGGGCAGGGAUGACUCAGUGAAGUGAUCUCUGUUUGCUCUCCGCGUGGGAAGAGCGGAGUCCAUCGGGCUGGAGACAGAUUAUCCAGGGAAGCCAAUCCAAAGCAGCGGUCGAUCCCUGUGCCGAUGUUUGGGGCACGAACCCAGGAGCAGGAACUCCCCUCGCUGUAACACUCUGUGCCUUGGGUGUUGUGCAACACCUUGAGCAAACACUUCCUCCUGCAGGAGCAGGAAUAAAGCUGAACCCGUCCCUGCCUCUCACUCCCAGCCCAGAGCAGCUCCGGGCAGGGCCACGCUGGGAUCGCCGCAUUCCCACCCCAGGGAGCCCCGGCCACCCCAGAGCAUGAAAAUCCUCCUCAUUUCUGCUCUCCUGCUGCAUCUCCUGCAACAAGGGAGCAGCAGAGAGAAGUUCUCUGGAGCUGAGCAAUAUGAAAUCGUUUACCCACAGAAACUGCACGCGGUGCACAGGAGAGCUGUAGGAACAAGCUCAGAGAGCAAAUAUGAUGACAUAGUGAAGUAUGGGAUCAAAGCCAACGGAGAGGAAGUGGUGCUGCAGCUCCGAAAAAAUCGGGAUCUCCUGGCUGGGAACUAUUCCGAAACUCUUUAUUCUGCUGACGGCCGACAAAUAACAACAACUCCUCACAUCAAGGAUCACUGUUACUAUGGAGGCCACGUGGAGGGUGAUGCUGAGUCUGUGGCGAGCAUCAGCACCUGCACAGGGCUGAGUGGCUAUUUUGAGACCCGUGGCCAGAAGUUCCUCAUCGAGCCCCUGGGAGCCUCGGACAGGGCUGAACACGUGGUUUACAAAUACGAGGCCCUGAAACAAGAGCCCAUCAAGACCUGUGGGCUGGUCAACAACUCCUGGGAACAGGACUCCAGUGACCCCAUCAAUGACAUCUUCAAGUCCAGCAACAGCCCAGAGAUGAAAGCCUACCUGAAAGCAAGGAAGUACCUGGAGCUCUACGUCGUUGCAGACAAUGCUUUGUACAAGAAAUAUGAUGAAGAUGUUAAAAAUAUAAGACAGAGGAUAUUUGGAAUAGUCAACUACAUCAACACGGUUUAUAAAGCCAUCAACACGCACGUGGCUCUGGUUGGCCUGGAGGUGUGGACAGACAGGGACAAGUGUUCCCUGAGCAGGAACGCCGGGCUCACCCUGGACACCUUCUCCAAGUGGCGCCUGGAGAACCUGCUCAAGAGGAAACGGAACGACAACGCCCAGCUCAUCACAGGCCUGGACUUCGAGGGCACCACGAUUGGAUUGGCCUUCCUCAAAGCCAUAUGCAGUGAUUUAUACUCCGCAGGUAUUAUUCAGGACCACAACAGGAACGAGGUGGCAGUGGCAGCCACGAUGGCCCACGAGAUGGGGCACAACCUGGGCAUGAGCCACGACACCGAGGCCUGCUCGUGCAGCGACGACAUCUGCAUCAUGACAGACACUGUCAGCUCCGUGAUCCCCAAGGAGUUCAGCUCCUGCAGCCUGCAGAGCUUUGAGAAGUUCAUGCUGGCUGACAUGCCCAGGUGCCUGACCAACAUCCCGGAGCUGAGCAGCAUCAUCGCCCCCGCGUCCUGCGGGAACGGCUUCCUGGAGAGGGGAGAGGAAUGCGACUGUGGCACGCCAGAGGAGUGCACGAAUGAGUGCUGUGACCCUGAGAGCUGCAAGCUGAGCUCGGGAGCUGCCUGUGCCCACGGGGACUGCUGUGAGAACUGCCAGUUCAAGAAGUCGGGCUCGGUGUGCCGGGUGGCGAAAGACGACUGUGACCUGGCUGAGAUGUGCACGGGGCACUCGUCCAGCUGCCCCGAGGAUCGAUUCCGGGUCAACGGGCACCCCUGCAGCUUUGGAGAGGGAUAUUGCUACAUGGGCACCUGUCCCACCCGUGACAGCCAGUGCAAAGCUGCCUUUGGGCCACAGGCCACAGACGGCCCAGCCUCCUGCUACCAGGUGAACGAGAGGGGGUUGUAUUAUGGAUACUGCAGGAAGGAGCAGGGGACGUACGUCCCGUGCAAGAAAAAAGACAAAAUGUGUGGGAAACUCUUCUGCUCCGGAGGGAGGGAUAUGCCUCGGGAUGGGAGCCUGUUGUCCUUUAGGUCCUGCAAAGGCAGCUUCCCCAGGAGUGGAGGGGAGGACCCAGGCAUGAUCCUGGAUGGAACCAAGUGUGGGAAUGGGAUGGUGUGCAACCGUGGGGAGUGUGUCCAGGCUGAGGAGGUCUUCAGAUCCACCAACUGCUCUGCCAAGUGCUCUGGCCAUGCUGUGUGUGACCACAAGCUGCAGUGCCAGUGUGAGGAGGGGUGGGCACCCCCGAACUGUGACAGCUCCUCAGCCCUCACCAGCAUUGCUGUGGCUGCCGGGGUGCUGGCUGUCCUGGCUGUCACUGCAGUUGCAGCCGUGCUGCUCACCCGCUUCCGAGGCUUCCACAAGAGCCACCAGACCAGGAGGGGACCCGGAGCCACCAACCAGGUCUUUGUGGAUCAGGAGCAGAGCUGCAGAGAACAGCCUGUGCCAGUGCCACCUGCCCAGAAGGUUAUUGAUAAGAAAGUUCUUCCCGUGCCUCCGCCUCAGGAGAGCAAACCCCAGCGUCAGAGUCCUGCCCUGAGGCCCAAAGGUCCUCCACCUCCCGUUCCUGCCACCAAACCUGGCUCUUCCCACCCCGAGGAGAAGUUUGCUCCAGAGAGAAAAGCCCCUCCUGUGCCCGUUCCCAAAGGCAAACCCCCACCUCCACCCCAGGCUUUAAAGCCCCCCAUGAACCCCAGAGUCUGAGGCUUCCCAAGCAGAGCUGGGUGGGCCACCUGAAGUUUCCAGGGACAAUUCAUCCCUUGAUUCCUCCACUUUUGGCAAAGGUAUCCUGGACCGUCUCCCUCUUCUGCUUAACAACUGACUGAGAGCUGCUUGGGAAGAUUUGGGAUUCAGGCAGCAAGGAGCUCUGGUGGUGACAUCGAGCUGCUGUCCAAGGGAAGCAGAGCAGAGCCACCCCUUGCACUGAGGUGUAAACUGGGAGCAAGUUACAAAAGCUGCUGAGCACCCCCAGCUGCUGGGCCAGCACUGCGGGGUGAGGCUGCUCCUCCUCUGCGACCAGAGCUGAGGGCAGCAGGGACAGUGUAGCUGCUGCAGGCUUGGGAAUUGCAAACUUUUUUUUUUUUGCUCCAUUUCUGGAUCUUUUCCAGCCCUCUCUGCCCUCAGCAAUACAAAGAUUUCUCCUUCAUGUGCAAGUCAUGAAGAAAAACAAGCCCUGCCUGCCCUGGGGAGGGAAGUUGUGUCCUCAGGGUCUGAGCUGGACAUGGGAUAAGUAACAAGACACACUGGGAAUGAUUCUGGGAAGAUCCUUUGCACUGGAUUCUCUCCACAAUCCUUAAAUUCCCUGUUGAGGAUGCCAUUCCCUGCAAAACAGGGAUGUGAUGGAAUUUCAGUCCUUCCUUUGAGGUUGUGUUGGAUGAGGAUGGAUGUUGCUGGAAGAGCAGAGCUUCCUUCCUCUUUGGAUAAUUGCUGCUUUAUUUGAGCCAGGAACAGAUUGGAAUCUACACCUGGGUUUGACUGGGGUGUAAAAAUCCAGAAGUUAUUUUUUAUGAGCUGUAAUUAAUGUAUUUACAGAGAUUUCUGUAUUAAAGUUCUGUCUGAACAGGAA